AUGCUGAGGUCAACCUACAAACCGUCCGCAAACACGAAGGGUCCUCCGCCACUGCUCCCCGGAUGGACGGAGCACGACGCUCCGAACGGCCACAAAUACUACUACAACGCCGAGACCAAGGAAUCGACGUACACGAGACCGAGUGCGCCCGACGUCACUGCUGCCCAAGGCUAUGCGCCCAGUGCAGUUUCAACGAGCUUCUUCCAAUACCAGACUAUCCCGCGGCUUUCCGACCCAAACGUCGCGAAUGCAUACCUCGCUCAGUACAACGCGCAAAACCAACCGCCGGCUGCACAACGAGGAGGAUUCGGCCACGGAGGCAGGGGAGGCAGAGACGGGCGGCCACGUCCGGAGCCCAUCGAUAAGCCCAAAUCAAAGACGCCGAUACCUGGAUUUGAGCCCUGGAUCCUCGUCGACACCAAGUACGGGCGCCGUUUCGUGUACAACCCCGAGAAGAAUGCCAGCUACUGGCGCAUUCCUGAGAAGCUGAAAGCCGGCAUCCUGGAGGUGGACAAAGCCAGGAUUCGCGAAAAGGCCGGUAUUCAGAGCGCACCGACAGGAGGAAAAGAAAAAGAAGCGAAGAACAGUACACCCACUGCUCAGCCCCGGCCACAGCAAGAAGCCGCGGCAGCUCCGACUUAUGACGACAACGAUGACAGUUCAGAGUACGAGGAGGUUGAGGUCACGGACGACGAGGCCGAGGGCGACGAGGCCGAGGACGGACACGCCUCCAAGCGUCAGCGCAUAGAAGAUGCAGCUGAUGACGCGCCGGUCGAGUUCAGCGAAGCAGACAUUGCUUUCCAGCUACAAGCGAUGGGCGAAGCAUACGGACUCGACCCUGGAGAGUAUGACGACGGAAACAUGGACGAGUGGCCAGAGGGCGCCGAGGGGGUGGAAUUUUCGCAGGAGGAUGCCGCUGCACUCUUCAGGGAUCUGCUCGACGACUUCAACAUCAACCCGUACAACACGUGGGAGAAGUUGAUUGAAGACGGACACAUAAUCGAGGACCCAAGAUAUACGCUGCUCAACACCAUGAAAGCACGAAAAGAGACAUGGCAAGAAUGGACCAAGGACAGGAUCAGAGAGCUGAAGGAGCUUCGCGCCAAAGAAGAGAAGAAGGACCCCCGGAUACCGUACAUGGCGCUAUUACAAGAAAAGGCGUCGCCCAAGCUCUUCUGGCAGGAGUUCAAGAGGAAAUAUCGGAAGGAACCGGCCAUGACGGACCCCUACGUCAAGGACAGGGACCGUGAGAAGUGGUACCGGGAGCACAUCAACCGUCUGAAGUUGCCCCAAGCCACGCUCAAGUCGGAUUUCGCCACGCUGCUCAAGUCACUGCCCCUCUCCGCAAUGAACAACAAGACGAGUCUGGCACGCCUACCGCCGCAGCUGCUGGUUGACAUCAGGUACAUCUCGCUGCCGCCACAAGUGAGAGACCCCAUGAUCGAAGCAUACAUCCAGACCCUGGGACCGCCGCCUGAGGGAGGAGUCAGCGAGGAGGAGGACGAGGCGACGCGCAAGGCGAGGGAGGCCAGGGAACGGAGAGAAAAGGCGCUACGGGAGCACGAAGACAAGGUUGCGGAGCAGAAGCGAAGACAACAGCGGAGCCUUGAAAUGGGCCGGGCCAGACUCCGGGAAGGGGAGCGCGAAGUUGAGCAGGCGAUGCAGGUCGGCAAGCGUGGUCUGCAAAGCCAGCUGGCGAGCGCGCAGAAAAAAGAUCAGCCUGAUGCAUAG